GGCCCGCCCAGUUUUAGUAACUUUUCACGUUCCCGCUCUUUCAGUUUGGAUUCCCGGCUAAAAAUGGCGACCGUUGAAGGUACAGGCGUGACAACAGGUCAACCUAACUUACACAAACAGGAUUUAUUAAAAUUGGAUGUUACGAAACUAACGGCCCUAUCACCCGAGGUUAUAAGUCGACAAGCGACCAUUAACAUCGGGACAAUUGGACAUGUAGCCCACGGGAAGUCCACAGUAGUUAAAGCCAUUUCAGGCGUCCAAACUGUAAGGUUUAAGAAUGAGCUGGAGAGAAACAUUACAAUUAAGCUCGAGAGGCUCCAGUUCGAUGCGAACGGUAAAGUCACUUGGCCGAAACACCUUCGACACAUGCAAGUGGACUUGAGUGCUGUUACAAACCACAAUGGAAUCCCUCCACAAAGAAGAGGAGCAAAACGAAAACUGUCGGUCAAAAAAAAGGAAAAACCGAUUCCAACAUACGCCACGGAAUUCGUCGUGGAAAAAAUCCUAGAUCACAAAGUUUCCGGCGACAAACAGAUGUUUUUAGUCAAAUGGGAAAAUUAUAGCGAGAGCCAUAACUCAUGGGAGCCUUUAGAACACUUAGAACACUGCCCAAAGAUUCUUAUGAAUUUUUUCGCCGCCAACGUUGGGAAACAAGUACUGGACGCCUUAUCCGAAAAACUCAACGUAGAGAAAAACACCAAACGAACUCUUUUAAAAUUAUUCGACCUAAAAAACCUCCCCAACAAACUCGAACUGCAGCAGAAAAUCCUAAGACUUGUGGCAACACCACCGGAAGAACGCCAAAUCGAGAAACUCGAAGAGGGCAAACAGGCGAUACUUCUUUACCAACUCGUAUUAAAACGCGAACGCCAACUCCACAGACUCGCAAAGUGGCAAAACUACAUCAACACCAAGUCAAAGGACGGCGUGAUCAUCACAGUGGAGAACAACGUCGAUUUGGAGGAACCACCUCGUCAUUUCAUCUACAUAAACGAGUACAAAGCGGGCAACGACGUCACAAUCCCCUACAAGCCCGCAAGCGGUUGCGACUGCGACGAGUGCGGCCCGCGGAAAAAGCAGUGCUGCGGCCGCCAAGACCCCAACAGCUUCACCUACCGCAAACGCGACAAGAUCAACAUAAUCCCAGGAAUGGCAAUCUACGAAUGCAACGAUUUGUGCAAAUGCGGCCCCGACUGCCGCAACCGCGUCGUGCAAAAGGGCCGGAAAGUCCCCCUGUGCAUUUUCCGGACGAGCAACGGCUGCGGCUGGGGCGUGAAAGCCCUGCGGAAGAUACACUACGGGGAGUUUAUCUGCGAGUACGUGGGCGAGGUGAUAACGCACGAGGAGGCCGAGAGACGGGGACGCACCUACGACGCCAAAGGCUUGACCUAUCUCUUCGAUUUGGAUUACAAUUCGAGGGAUAAUCCGUACACGGUCGACGCAGCCCGUUACGGGAACGUCUCACAUUUUAUCAACCAUUCGUGCGAGCCCAACUUGGCAGUUUGGGCCGUUUGGAUCAAUUGCUCCGACCCGAACUUGCCCCGAUUGGCGCUGUUUUCGCUAAGAGAGAUCGAGAAAGGCGAAGAGUUGACGUUUGAUUAUAUGUCGAAUAAUAUGGGGUCCCCGAUGAACACGCCCGAAAAGUCCAGACCGAAAUUGCAAACGCCCGAAAAAAAUGAAAUUAUGAAUGGCAAGUUGUUGCCAGGAACGUCGAUCUGCAAGUGCGCUGCGGAUUCGUGUCGUCGUUAUUUGUUUGGUUAAAUUAGUUAAGGCCCGAAAGAACAAAUUGUUAUUCAAGUUAGAUUGUUUAAUUGUGUUUAACUGUUGGAAGAAUGGAAGUACUAAAUGUCUUGCACUCGUUUUAGUAUAAGGAAUAUUCUUUGUCGUAAGGAACAAACAAUACAAUUUUGAUAGCUUUGAAAAAUUAAUGUAAUUUAUUUUGUGAAGUAUUCUUUUAUAAGAUUGUCUUUUGUCAAUAAAAGGAAGUUAACGAA